AUGAGACUUAUUAACGACGCUAAAACAGGACGGCAGAUGCUACGACGCUUCUAUGACGCCUUUCGCCAGAAGGAAUCAAAACUCGAGACUCGACACCAGUUCUUCUAUUUCUUCGUCCUCAGCACUUUGUGUUUUGCUUUCUUCUCCCAGAUUAUCGCAAGCUCCAUCCUCACGGACAAAAUGAUGACAAAUCGCAUGGGCCUGCUAGCAUCAGAGACUUGUGGUCUCUACGAGUAUGACAACGAAAGAUGGGGCGAGGAGCAGGCCUCUCGUGUUGAUAGCCUGAUGGUAAAGAGAGAGAACCGAGCAGCCAUCUAUGCUCAAGAAUGCUAUGAUUGGGGCAAUGAUAAAAAGGGCAAGGCUAUGACAUGCGACUUCUUCUACAACUCGACUCUGCGGUACAAUGUCAGUCCGUCGUCCUGUCCGUUUUAUGACAACGAAAUUCGUCACGCCGGCGCAUUACCUGGUGAAGCAGUCACGUUCGAUACGGGCUACUUAGACUCCAGUCUCUUAGGCAUCAACGCCAGCCCCACUUACAAUUUUCGGCGGACAACAACGUGCGCUCCAUUGAGUGAUCAAUCGCCUUACGUGCAGCAUUUCUACAAUAGUCCGGUCGAUCGUGGUUAUCUAUACCAAUAUGGUAAACUCUACAAUGUCGAUGACAAGUGUGAGGGAACGCCGGAGUUGUUGACGAACCAUACUAUGCGAAUUGUGGGCCACCCUUUUGAAUGGCUGGCGCCAGUUUAUCGCUUGAACACAUUCGCUACAUCUCUGGGUAUACCUAACUGCGACUUUUAUCAGUUUCAUAGAAGUCUCAAAGCACCCGGACUUGAUACUCAAUCAGGGACCAAGACACUCACGAUCGUCUUCAUCACAGCUCUACACAUCGUUUAUACCCAAAAGAGCAUCGACCCUAUUUAUCCGGCCGACGACAUAUACAAGUUUCAAGGUGGUACCGUUAAGUACUACAAGAACUCAAGCCCGAAAUCAAGGGCACUUGCAUGCAUAGACGAAACCCAAUUCUGCGACCCAACAAACACAUACUGCUGGCACGAAUAUGAGAAGAUACCAGACCAAGUAUCACACAUCGCCGAAGAUCCAGCGUAUUGGUUCAUGGUAAACGCACUCAAGAAAUCCAACACUUACGAUUCUAUCAAACUGCGACUCGGGAGCAGUCUCCUAGCGCAGCAGCGUGUUGGUGAAGCCCGGUCACAGGCUUUAGCUAAUAACCACUGGGAGCUCGAAGCGGAACACAUGUUCAAGACAUCUUUGGCAAGAGCUCAGAUCGACGCAUGGAGUCUAGCGAGUGGAGAAGAUCACGAUCAGGACACUUACAAGAACACCGUCGAUGAGUUCGCGGAGAGUAUGUGUGGUCUCUUCAAAUUUCGUGCCGCUGGACACGUAAACAUACGCUUGUGGCCAUUCUGGGUACUGUGCUCUGUAUUGCCGGUCACAUUCCCCUUGAGUGUAGAGCUCAAGACUUACGGGCAGGUAUGGCAUAGCGCUAUGCGUUCAGCGAGAGAGCUACUCCCAAAGAGGAGUGAUGGCUCAGCAAGUGAUUCUUCAACGGGUGCUCUUGUUGCAAGCGACAACACCAAUGACGAUGCAUUCGUGGUGGGAUCGGCGUCAUCCACUCGUCGCAGCUCAGAUACACCAGCAGCUUCUGCCGUCACACCCACGGGGCAAAAUGAUCUAACAGACGCAAGCGCAUCUGCUGAUGGUUUGGAGAUAUCCUCGGAAGCCGCAAACAACCAUCCAACACAAGAGUCUAUGCCACCUGCCAGCACGACAACACCACUUGUUGCUCCUCCAACGCGCAAGUCGCGCGAUUAUGGGACAUCCAGCGCCGCCUAUAGUAUGCACGGUAGUCGGAGUUCUGUACAUACCCAUCGCUCUGGCUCCGUGUUGGAUAGAGAAGUCCGGUCUCUUGAGAACGGUGAAGAAGGUAGUCGAUUAAGCGAGCGAAACGAUCAGGAAUGGUCACCAUUGCUCAUACAUGGUCCCGUUCUCAUGGUAGCACAUGUAAUGCAGGCUGUUCAGAAGAAGAGGACGGAGUAG